GGGGUUUCUUUACUGCUCUAGUCUUAUGCGCAUGUGUAACUUCUAUUUCUGAACUAGAUGUAGAAGAAUUACUUGAAUCGCUAUCUGAAGUGUCUAAAUUAGAAGAAGCAUCUGUAGAAUAUUUGACAUUGUCAUUUAAUCUUCUGGAUGCUAGACCAGGUUUAGAUUCCGUUGAUUUAGAUAAAUUAUUUUUAGUAAAGCUGGCUUUGUUAAAAUCUUCAUUGAAUAAUGGAAUGCUUAUACCAUUUAUUACAAUUUUAGCAUGGUGGACAUGGGUUUUGGAAGAAUGUCCAAAGCUUAUUUUUGCUUUACACAUCCAUAACCAAUCUUGUCCCAACACCAAAUCGAAUAAUGGAUUUUUGUGA